AUGGCAGACCGGUCUUUCAGUUGCAGUACAGCUACCACAAGUAAUGAGACUGUGGACGAAAGACUCAACGAAUUAACAGACGAACAAUUAGCUUUUACAGUUAAAGGCUUAGAAGAUAAAAAUGGUGUUCUUACAAUUGAAACAGAAAUGUUUGAAAGAUAUUAUAAAAAGCAAGACACCACCUCACUUACCCUCUCAACAUCUUUUGCCCCUACAACCCAUACAUCUACCGGUGAAGCUCCCCGACCAACAGGCAGGAAACGCAGUAAAGUUCGAUGUCAUGCUAUUGAUCGUACAGUACGGCUAACCACUGAACAAAAAUGUCACAUUGCUCAAAAGGAAGUGGAGAGAAUAAAAGAAGAAAUUACUAGAGCAGAAGAAGACUCAGAGAAAGUUCUGGAUAUGUACAAGGCUGUUCUAGAAGAAUCCGAAGUUAGACUACGAGAAAUAGAGAAAGAAAAACAUGAAAUUGAAAGAGACAAUAAGAAACACAUUGCUGAGCGAAUAAUUCGUACCUUUGAAGACCGACUAAGAGCAAAGGAAGCACUGAUUGAGAAGCUGAGGUUAAAAAAUGCUACCCAAAAAACUCAAAUGAAGAAGCUUUUAUUACAACUAAAACAGAAAGAAGAAAUGGGUGAAGUCUUACAUGCUGUUGAUUUUAAUCAGCUGAAGAUAGAAAACCAACAAUAUAUGGAAAAAAUAGAAGAGAGAAACACUGAUCUUCUGAGGUUGAAACAAGAUGCAAGCAAAACAAUGCAGCUGUUGAACACCAUCAAGAAAAGGUUGCAAGAAUUAAUGUUAGAGUCAAACAGGCUCAAAUCAGAGAUCCAAACGCAGAAAGACCUUUGUGCCAGAAUUGAUUCAGAAUAUAAGCAAGUGGUUGAGGAUAAAACUGGAGUGGAGAAAAUGAACAAAAGUUUAAAAGAAUACUUGUCAGAUUACCAAGUUCCAGAAGUAAUGGAAUUUGUUAAAGAAAAAGCAAAUGUUACAGAAUUACACAGAAUUGUGAAGACUUGGGAAAGGAAAGUUGAAAUAGCAGAGAUGGGUUACAAAUCCUGUUUAAAGAAAUGGUAUUCCAUGAAAGAUAAGCGUAAAGCCAUCAUCUCAGAGUGA